AUGGAUGUUGGUGCUAAUUUGUUUGUUGGUAAUUUAGCUGCUGAAGUUGACGAAAAAUUGUUGUUCGAUACUUUUAGCGCUUUUGGUGUUAUUUUACAGCCGCCCAAAAUUAUGCGUGAUGUUGAAUCUGGAUCUAGCAAAGGAUUUGCUUUUAUUAAUUUUGCGUCUUUUGAGGCUUCUGAUGCUGCCUUGGAGGCGAUGAAUGGCCAAUUUCUUUGUAAUCGACCUAUUACAUGCUCUUAUGCUUUCAAAAAGGACACAAAAGGUGAACGACACGGAACUGCUGCAGAGCGUCUAUUGGCAUCACAAAAUCCGUUGUUUCUACAUGACAGACCUCAUCAGAUAUUUUCUGAUGUGCCGGGAUUGAGACCAAUGCCAAUUCCGCCACCAGCACCACCUUCAGUACCGCAAGGAUUGCCACCAAUGCCUCCGGGAAUGAUGCCUCCACCGCCACCGAUGCAUAUAUCACCUGCGGGAAUGGCAAUGGGAUUCAUCCCACACAGCGGAAUUGGACUUCCACCAAUGCCUCCAAUGCAGCACAUUCCUCGUCCACCACCUCCACCUAUGGGAAUGGGUGGUCAACAUAUGUUUCCACCACCGCCGCCUCCGCCAAUGUCUAGACAAAGCAUUCCUCCACCGCCCCCACCCCCAUCACAACCACCAACUCCAAUGUCUACUCCAAAUCCGCCGCCACCUCCGCCGCUUAGUGCACCUCCGCCGCCCCCUCCACCGCCUUCAAAUUAAUUGGAAAUUUUGAAGAAAAUUGAAGGAUAUAAUGGCGAUUUGAUCUUUAAAUAUUUGUUGUUUUUAAAAAUAUUUUUUGAGUGAAAUUAUUCAGGUUUUUUAAUUAAAUAAUUGAAAGAACAAAUUUUGUUUUUUAUCAUUUCAAUUGGCGAUACGACAAUUGCGGAUAUACAUAAAUUUUUAAGGUUUUGGUGUCGCUUCAUUAAAGAAAUGAUUCGAAGGGCUAAAAAACUUGAUAAUAUUUCAAUACUGCUUAA